AGAUCGUGACCUGAGCAGAAGUCAGACGCUUAACCAACUGAGCCACCCAGGCGCCCCAGACUAUACUGUUAAUUUUAAUGAAAUCGACUAUUGAGUCCAUUUGUUGAGUGUCUAUCGGGUGCCAGACCCUGGAGUAAGUGCUGGAAUCCAUUAAUGAACAAAACCCAUCAAGGACUAGUCCUCAAGGAAAUUGGAGACCAGCGUGGAAGACAUUAAUAAAUGAUCACAGAAGAGUAGGUAACUAAAGUGAGCAAGCAUUGUGGGACGUCCGCCUUAACUAUUGAGGUUUGCCACUUGGAACUCUGGCAUGCAGUACCUUUGUAAUCAAGCAUCUGAUCGGUGCUAGGAACCCUUUCUGUCUCUGCUUCUCUGCCUGGUGGAAGCCAGGACCCCACCAUCAGUGAAGAUGUUUUUGAACCUUUAAUUUCUUUACCUGGCAAUGACAUUUUGUGUCCUUCUGAAAGUUCAUUUUGUAUCACAAAAACGAAGUAUUUUAAUUUUGUUUAAUGUUUCUUUUUGAGCGAGAGAGCAUGAGCAAGGGAGGGGCAGAGAGAGAAGGGAACAGAGGAUGCAGAGAGAGAGCAUGAGCCGGGAAGGGAGAGAGAGAGAAGGGAACAGAAGAAAAGAGGCAGGCUCUGCGCGCUGAACUGAGCCACUCAGGUGCCCCCAAAAUGAGGUAUUCUAAAAAUUGUUUCUAUGUGUGAAAGGUACUUGUGCCCUUUGAAACUCUGAUACGUACUCUGCCAAAUUUACCCUGGGCUUUGAUGUUGACUCUAGUGUAGAAGAUUAAAAAAUAGAUCUUACUCUUAAGGAACUUAGAGUGAGUAUGGCAGUCAGAUCAAUUAGCAUGUUUUUACACAGGAGGGUAAAUGCAUAGUGCUUGGGGCUUUGCCUGGGCCCUUGACACACCUUUCCUGGAGAAUACCUCCCUCCAAUCAAUGUGUUGAUUCCUUUCAUUGCAGUCCUUUUCUCUCAUAGCAUGAUUUUGUAGCAGUAAUGUUUAUCUGGAGUCACCGUGUUAACUUCUCAGGCUCUCUUGCUUUAUUCUGUGACUCCCCAUCAGAACAUGUGCCCCAGGGGGGCAGACAUCUGGCAUGCAGGCAUGUUUCUCCCACCAGCUCCUAGAACAGUGUUACUGGUUCCAAGUGGUUGCUCAGAAAAGAAACAAGAGGCAACAUUUCUUUCCGGGGGAACUAGGGAAGGCUUCUUGGGGAAGAAAUAUUUAAGGAAAGAGAGAGAGGCAUGGAGAGAAAAGCCAAAGAAGGAUGAUAAAACGGAGUCACCCUUUGUAUAGACCCCCAAGCCCUCGCUGAGUCAUUUGUCCAAGUUAGGGAUUCCUAAUGUGGUCAGCCCAGGUGAAUAGCGGGUUAACAGGAACCCUUUGCUGAACAGAUCUGGGCUGUUCGAAAGCAUUCUGGCAUACAAAGAAUGAAAAAAAGAAUAAAAAAAUGGGGAAAAAAAAGAAAAUCAUGACACUGAUAAUUCCUUACUUCUAUGUAGAGUGAUAAUACCCAUAUUCUCCUUUGUUUUUUGUUUUUUGGUGGUUGUUGUUUUUCCUGCACCCAGCCCUUCAAGGGAGCCGGAGAGCUCUUAGCAUCUUCAUUUUUUUUUUUUUUUUUUAUAUUUAAGGAAACUGAGGUCUGGAAUUGAGGCAACUUUUCUUAGAUCCCAGAACGAGGGAGGCAGAUCCCAGAUUUGCAGCCAUGAUUCCCCACCUGCACUGAGCAGAUGGCCCAAGGUGGAGACUCCUUAAAUCCCUGGAGGACCGAGGAGCCCGCAUUUUCUUUAAAGGAAGAAAUAUAUUUAGAUUUAAAACAUUCGCAUCUCCUUUUAUUUGUCAAGAACUUCCAUUUCAGCACUUUCCGAGAUGCAUUUUGUGUCUUGUUGAAUUUCCCCUAGAAUUCCUGCCGAUUAGGUACACGCGCAGUAAGCUGUUUCAUGUAAAUGUCUCCACUCCUUAGUUUAGGAGAGUCAAUCAGAGUCCUGUAUCAGCAGUUAAAUACAGCGGGAGAAAGGUGAUUGCGGAUGCCGCUGAAAUGAAAAGCAUGCUUGCCUUGCUGUGCUCAGAAAAAUAAAUACUUGAGUGGCGAGGAGUGAGCACGGACUGGGCGUCUCCUUCGGAAAACUUGCUGGCACUUUAUUUAAAUUAUGUCUUACACCAGGUAUUUUUUCCCCAGCGUCCAGGAUCGGAAGGAGGGAGAAGGUGACAGUGACAGAUUUCUGGGAUUAGAUUUUGGAGUUACUGUUGUGGUGGAGAGCACGUGGCUUUUGAAGUCACAUCCGUUUGAAUGGCUGAUGUCCCCCUCACCGACCGUCAUCCUGAGAAAUACAGUUUUCUGGGCCUCUGUUUUGUUAACGUUCUAAUGAGAAUUACAGGAGAUUGCCAUUAGAAAAUGCCUAGCAAAAUCUCCAGAAAACCUAUAUUCUUCUUGUGUAGAGUUGCCAGAUCUUACAAGUAAAAAUCUAGGGCCUCCAGUUAAAUUUCAGUUUGAACAACCUGUCAUGUUUUGGUAUAGGUGUAUCCCAGAUACUAAGUAUUAAAAAAUUAUCCAUUGUUUUAUGAAAUAUAAAUUUGACUGGGAGAACUGUAUUUUAUUAAACGUUCCUAUUCUCGUGGGGACUGUUCUGAGAGAUUAUUUUGGUGAAAGUCCUAGAAUCCUAAGAAGUUAGAGAGGGGAGAACAGUAAUAUUGAAGGUGAUGUAAUCUUGACCUUGGACCGGGGUGUGGUCCAAGGAGAAAAGGAGGGGUUGUUUUCUCUGGUGAGCUAAGCAGCGAUCAAUCCAAGGCAAGCUUGUUUGUUUGCUCACAGAAGCAAAAGAAUUGUGGCUCUAACCAGAUCUCUCAGUGCAUUUAAUAAGUGAGACAGAUUCUCUCCCAAGUGGUGACAGCGUGCACCAGAUUAUUCCCAACAACUUCUGGAAGACGGGGUUUCAACCCCGGGAGGCCACCAGGAUACAGUCAAAUAUUGCACCGAGCACAUUCCCGUAGGGCUGGGGUUGCAAAGACAAGGCCCAGACAAGGGCUCCGCUGAGGCCACUGAAGGAAACUUUGGACUUUGAAAACCCGCACCUGCCACUGCUCCCCCUUCCGCCGAAUCCAAAGCUAAUACAACUGUUACAGGGUCUUCCAGACUCGCUCCUCCCAGCAGAUGACCUCAGGUGAUAAAUUGAGUCAGAAAGCUCCCUGAAGACUGCUGGAGUAGGUUGCUCUGAGGACGGCAGUGAAAAUGCUGUGUUUCCAUUUUAGGUAAUAACCUGGUGGGGAGCGAAAUUAACAAGGCUUCCGUGGCACGUGGACUUUCCAAAGCAGUUUUAUGGUUUCCUCAGUAGUGAGAUACUGCCCAUGGCCAGGUCAUUCGUUUCUGUUUCAUAGAACAUUACUAAGUCUUCAUUUAACCUGAGCUGCUCACUAGCAGUGUUUAUUUACCUGCAGCGCGCGCCAGAAAAUAGGCGAAACAGCACAACAGUUAGCGCCCAGGCUUACCCAGCCAGGGAUCUAGUUAGAAUCCACUUUUGCUGCUUCUCAGCCACAAAGCAACGGGUGCUUCUUCGCGGCAGAACAGCAGGAGAGGCCAGUUCCUUCUCAUCGCUAAGCCUCCGUCUCCGCAUCUGCAAAAUGGGCAUAAUUACAAUUAUAGCACAGGAUCGCUUAGUGCACAUUAAACCAAACAAGCAAGGCGAGCAUCCCACAGUGCCUGACUCACAGUUAACGUUACCAAAAAAGAUCCAUUAUUAAGGCGACAGAAGGAAGCGAUACAGGCUCUAUCUAGAAUGUCAGGGACCAGGACUGAUCUCAUGCGUCGUUUUCAGGGGAGACUGAGUUUUUUGCUCUUUGUUUCUCGAGUGUUCAUUUAUAGAAUUUAAACCAACCUUAUUAUUUCAUUUUCCGGGCCAAGGGAUUGGAAGCAGCAAUGCAGAGAAGGUAAGGAAGGAGAUGUGAGGGCAGGAACCGAGUGGAGGAGGGGGACCUGGGCAAGAGGGAGGGGGAGAGAAAGGAACUGGAGAAGCAGCCUUGGACGGAGAAACCAUUAAAAGCAGAGAGCAGAGUUUGAAGAACGUGGAAGGCCGUGACCUGUUGUAACGGGGCAGUCUUCGGGAGCCCCGGACUAAAUCCCAGUGCUGUCAUUUCAGUCAAUGCCACCUCCACUCCUUUCCCCGAAGCUUCUCAGGACCCCAACUGAAUGUCCAUGGCCUUGAGGGAAAGACACACAGCUGUAAUGGUGGUCCUGGAAAGAACGGAGAAUGGGAUAUAAAAGGUGAAGCUGGGGCCUCUCUCGAGUUCAGUGACAGCACAAAAUCACAGGUACAGACUGAAGACCGGGGCACCCAGUGCUGUCUGGUGGAGGGACCGGCCACGGUGCCCCUCGUCGUCUUCCUCUGGCUGCAAGGGAGUUUUUUGCUCUUGAGUUGGCUUUAAAUCGCCUUUCAUUAAAUAUCAGCCCUUAGUAAAGAGGGUUUCAGGGGGCAUCUCUUCUGCCUGAUUAUUCCCUGUGAAAUGGUUACACCUCCCUGGUCUCUAAGCCCCGUCUACACACAUCAUAGGAACCCACCAUUUCCAUGGGGGAUGGACCCAUCCUCCUCAGUCUCUCUCAAGGGGAGAGCAUCCUUGGGGCCAGGCCAGUCUAGAGUUCAUAGUGACUCUGGGCACAAAAGGAUACCCUUUGCCCCAGAAAGGAGUAUAUUAUUUGACUUGGGGGAAAUGAUUUUGUUUUUCCAAACCUUAUAUAUAGUCGCCUUACCUGUUCACUGGGUUUAUGCUUCUCAUGGACUUUUGAGGUGAGAGUCGCGUUACAUGAUGCAUGUAAAACACCUAUUUGAGAGCCUGGUACAGACCAAAUGUCUAUAAUGCAGUACUGAGUGGCCCCGGUUAGCUUUUCUUGCUGGUAAGGCUGAUUUUGUUUGAAAAGCAGAUCAGGAAUGUCCGUAAGGAUAGUAUUUCACCUUCCAGUCUGCCUCCUCCUUCCGGCUGACCCCCCCCCCCCCAAGCUGGUGAGAGGGCCAUGAGGUUGUCCCCGGGGUGGCCUCUCUCAGUGUUCUGCUCUUACAAAAAGAACAAGGUGGGGGGACUCUCUUGUUUUCAUUGGAGAAGGAAAUCUUUCUCAAAAGCCUGUGCAGGAUUCUCCUAUAGGUCCCAUUAGCCAAAAACUCGGUCACAUGCCAUGGGCCAGAAUCACAGAAGAGGAAACGGAGGCACACAGACAUUUGAAACAGUGGGAGGGGACAAUUAAUCAACUGCGUAACCCUGAAUUGGUCCCUGUAGCCUUUGAGCAACUAUUACGCUCAUGUUUGUACAUCGUAGUCCGGGAAUUGAUCCUGUUCCGCGUCCUGUCUCUUUUAUUGCUGUCUUCAGCCGAAACACACAUCUUGUAUUCUUCCAGUUUCACUUUUAUUUGCCUCCCCAGCUCCGUCACUUUUACAGCUAUUUGCAAUCUGCAGUAUUUCUCUAUGUUAAGCUCUCCCCCUGACCCAAGCAGACUUCGCAAAAACAUAAUCGGGUCCCUGCCCUGUCCCCCGGUGCAGAACAUCCCAAGGAGCCCCAUUAUUUACAGUAUCAGCGUUUAAGUGCAGGACUCUGAAACACAGGGAGAGGUCCGUGCCCGGCCGCCUCGCUUCACGGCGGCAUCCCCUUGGGCAAGGUAGUCUCUCCAGAAGUCACAUAUUGUUCGUGAUUUUUAAUUAUGCGUGUUUAUACACUUAUUUACUUAAUGUUUCAUCUGUUUCAGUAGGUGAAACUGUAGGAGGACAGAGGUGUUGUCUAGAGCCCCCAAACCGGGAACCAGCCUGAACCAGUGCCUGGCAGGCGGGUGGCACCUAAGAAAUAAUGCAGGACCCCAGUCCCCUCUGUUUCAGGGUUGUCGGGAUUAAAUGUGGUGAUUCGUACAGGAUGUUUCACGUGCAUGGUGGGUGAUCAGAGGCUAGCUUUCCUUUGGCUGUUUUGUCUUUUUUUAUAUAGUAAAAGGAAUGAAAUUCAAGUCCCCGCAGCAUGGCAUCCACGUUCCCGUCUUUCAAGCCUCACGCUCGCUGUUUGCUGUUCCGUCCAAUGCCUCGUAUUCAGACCAUAGCACCACCACCCCGCGUUCCCCCAGAUAAAUCAGGAAUGUGGACAAGAAUUCUGCCCUGUGCAGUCUUGUGCCCGGCUGCCCUCUCCCCAUCCUCCCCAGUUAUGGGCCGUGUCACAGGCGUGUCCUGGAUGCCCUCGCUGUCCGCUGCCCCCCACCGCGUGAUGAAUAAAUGUGCGUGUGGUAGCCCCGUGGACACACACGAGGGUCGCACUUUUCCUAUUGGAAGGUGGGCGUGGCCGUGUGACUUGCUGUGCACAAGGACAGUGAGGCCAGGUGACGCGUGUCACAUCUGGCCCAGAGCUUUGAGAACCGCCCAUGCAUUGUGCAUUUUCUCUUCCCCUCUCGCUUGUGAUGUGCACUGCUUGAGACAGCAGGUGUUCUCUCGUUCUAGGUUUCUGGGAGACUUUCGUGAACCGAGACCUGCCACCAGCCCACUUGGGACGAGCAGCCAAGGGAGGAGGGGCUGCCUGGGGAGGGGGUGUUCAUCUCCCUUAGCCUAGCGUGGCCCUGCCUUUGCAGUUGUCCUGGAGUGUGCCUUCCCACACAGGUGACAUUACUGUCAUCACUUGCUGGUUCGGCCGCAUCCCUCAGGAAACAGCUUCCCUGGAGAGCGGGGCAAACCCCCGCUUCUAGAGCUGUGCACCCCCCGCGCCUGGUCCAGGAGAUCGAUGCAGGACUGCUGAAGAACGUGGGGACCUGCAUGUAACUGGCGGCCCGCGACACCCAUGUGUCACUGAUCGGGAGGCUCUCCCCGCGGCAGCGCUUCAUGACCCAGCGGCGCCCGGCCCAGUGAAGCCACCAUGGUGUCCAGCACAGCGGCGCUGCUCCUGGGCGCCGUGCUCCUGGUGGCCCAGCUGCAGCCCGUGCCUUCCCGCCCCGCCGCCGCCGCCGCCGCCGCGCCCGGGGUCGAGCCGGGCCAGCCGGAGCUGUCGCGCAGAGCGGCCACCGUCCAGGGCGACGGCCGGGACGGCGCGCCCCCCAACGGCUCGGCGCAGCAGCUGCCGCAGACCAUCAUCAUCGGCGUGCGCAAGGGCGGCACGCGCGCGCUGCUGGAGAUGCUCAGCCUGCACCCCGACGUGGCGGCCGCCGAGAACGAGGUCCACUUCUUCGACUGGGAGGAGCACUACAGCCAAGGCCUGGGCUGGUACCGGGGCCAGAUGCCCUUCUCGUCUCCGCAGCAGCUCACGGUGGAGAAGACCCCCGCGUACUUCACGUCGCCCAAAGUGCCUGAGCGCGUCCACAGCAUGAACCCGGGCAUCCGGCUGCUGCUCAUCCUGCGCGACCCGUCCGAGCGCGUGCUGUCCGACUACACCCAAGUGUUCUACAACCACGUGCAGAAGCGCAAGCCCUACCCGUCCAUCGAGGAGUUCCUGGUGCGCGACGGCCGGCUCAACGUGGGCUACAAGGCGCUCAACCGCAGCCUCUACCACGUGCACCUGCACAACUGGCUGCGCUUCUUCCCGCUGCGCCGCAUCCACAUCGUCGACGGCGACCGCCUCAUCAGGGACCCCUUCCCCGAGAUCCAGAAGGUCGAGCGGUUCCUGAAGCUGUCGCCGCAGAUCAACGCCUCGAACUUCUACUUUAACAAAACCAAGGGCUUUUACUGCCUGCGGGACAGCGGCCGGGACCGAUGCUUGCACGAGUCCAAAGGCCGGGCGCACCCCCGAGUGGACCCCAGACUCCUCAGUAAACUGCACGAAUACUUUCACGAGCCAAAUAAGAAAUUCUUCGAGCUUGUUGGCCGGACAUUUGACUGGCACUGAUUAGCAAUAAAGUGAGGCUCGGAACCUUUCCCGUUGUAAGUUCUGGUGUACGUCUGGGGGAGAGAGAGAAAAAGAAGAAUUUUAAAAGGGCAUUUAAGCUAUAAUUUAUUUGUAAAGUCCAUAAAUUACUUCUGUACAGUAUUAGAUUCACAAUUGCCAUAUAUACUAGUUAUAUUUUUCUACUUGGUAAAUUGAGGGCAUUUUGUAUUGUUUUUCAUGGUUGUUAACAUUGUGUAAUAUGUCUCUAUAUGAAGGAACUAAACUAUUUCACUGCAAAAAAAAAAAAAAAAGCAACAAAAAAAAAACACACAGAAAUCUGGAGACCCUGUCUUUUUUGAAUAUGAUUAACUUGCCCCGACUCAAAAUAGCUGUCUGUGUUAUAUUCGUUGCAAGAUCUAUAUAUUCCUUUGUUACUUUAAAAAGAAAUGUUUUUCAUGGCAAUUAUGCUUCUCUCUUGCCCUCUCUUUUCUUCAUUGUUCUUUUUAAUUUUUAAUGUCUUGCUGUGGCCAUCAGAUUUAUUUUUUACUUGCAUUGUGAGAUCUGUCUUCACUGAGAUAUCCCCUGUUAUUUUCUGGAGGUUUCGGGUUCGCCCAUUCUUGACAGCAGGUUCCGGAGCGUGGAUUUUUUUUUUUUUAACCCCCGUAGACUCCGCGUGGACAAAGCAAUAUUAAGACUGGAAGAGUCGUUAAUACCCGCAAGAGGCUCCCCGUUACACAUCUCUGCCUCAAAGAGUGCUUGCAUCCGUUUCUGAGCUCAGCAAUGGGCAAAACGACACAAUAAAGGGGAUUAAACCGUUGGCCUUCA